AUAUAUAUCCGGUGAGAAAUAGCUUAAGUGAGUGAUAGGAUAAUGUCUACCCUCCACCUAUCUCUUAGCCCAUUACCCACUCAACGUCGUCAUACCUGCCGAUCAAGAUGGCGGCCGGUUCGCUGUGCUGACGACCGCCAGGCGCUUUUUAGCCGCAUUGCUCCUGUCUACGAUAACUUGAAUGACUUAUUGAGUUUGGGUCAGCAUCGAUUAUGGAAACGCAUGGCUGUAUCCUGGACUGGAGCGAAAGAGGGAGACAAUGUGUUGGAUUUGUGUUGUGGGAGUGGGGAUUUGGCGUUUCUCCUGUCUGAGAAAGUAGGACCCAAUGGCAAGGUGACUGGUCUUGAUUUCUCGAAGGAGCAAUUGUUGAUUGCUUCGUCUCGGCAGCAUUUACGCUCAAGGGCCUGCUACAAGAAUAUUAAGUGGGUUGAAGGCGAUGCUCUUGAUUUACCAUUUUCUGACUGUUGCUUUGAUGCCAUUACCAUCGGCUAUGGGUUAAGGAAUGUGGUCAACAUAGAUAAAGCUAUGACAGAGAUGUUUCGAGUUCUGAAGCCAGGUUCAAAAGUAUCCAUCCUUGACUUCAACAAAAGCACUCAUCCAUUUGGUGCUUUUAUUCAGGAAUGGAUGAUUGACAAUGUAGUUGUUCCGGUGGCUACUGGUUAUGGCCUUGCAGAGGAGUACAAAUAUUUGAAAAACUCAAUUCGUGAAUUUCGCACAGGAAAGGAGUUGGAGAAGCUUGCUUUAGAAGCAGGAUUUAUUAAUGCUAAACAUUACGAAAUCGGCGGAGGACUCAUGGGGAAUUUAAUAGCCACACGGUAGAUAUGAUUUAUGCUUAAUUAUCCCUUGUCAUUUUUUUGACUUUUGUUUUAUGUUUAACCUCCCUUUUAAAAAUAUUUAGAAUGAACCUUUUUAUAGCCACUGUUUGUGAGAGGUUGCAUAUGGAAAAGGUAAUGACCGUUGCAAAGGUUGUUCCGGGUUUACUAGAGCAGCUGGUUACGUUUUUUUUCCUUUAAUAUUAUAUGUAGCAGACCAAUAGCUUAUGAUUGACCGAGAAUGCAAUUGGCAAUUUGGUUACAAACUACUCGUUGUAUAUGUUCAAUCAAUUUGAAAAACAAGUCUCUGUUUGACAGCUAAACAACGUUUGAUUUGGUCCCGGCAGCCACCUGUAUUCUUCUAUUAUUUCAAACCAUAAAUAAAUUAUGUGUUUUAUUA